GAGUGGGCCACCACAUAAAGGACAUCAUCAAUUUACGACAUGACCUCAGACCACUCCUCCCUGCCUCCUGAUUUGGGUCAAUUGGAGAUAAUCUCAGAGCAUGACAACGGUAGAUUCUAAACUCCUCUCAAUAAUUUACAAGCCUCUUUUUUUUUUUUUGGUUUUCCUCAUUUUUGUCAACUUUCUCACUUGGUCUCUUUCAGUCUCUAUCUUCUUCUCUCCACUCCAAUUUUUCUGAAAACGAUUAAAACCCAUUAACACCAAUCUUCUUGCUGCUUUGUUUUGAUUACCUCCAAGCCAACAAGUCGCCUCAUUCAGUAAUUUCAGCCAACGGGUUGGUUUUUGCUUCUCUGAAGUUCGUCUUUCAUUUUCUCUUUUCCCUCUUUUGGGCUAUGUGUUGUGUGUGUGUGUGUGUGGGGAGCUGUUUGAUGUUGCUUGAAAGCCAAAAAAAAAAGAAAAAAAAAGGAGAUUUUAGCUCUGCAGUGUUAAAUUUUGGGUGUUUCGGGUUUGUUCUGCUCUGUUACUAACCGGAAUUGGACUUGUUAGUUUGGUGUACUUUUCUUUCCUUUUUUUUAUUUUUAUUUUUUCAAUGUGAAGGGAAAAGCUAAUUAAAGGACCCCAACAAAAAAAACAUUCACUCAUUGUCAUUGUUGUUUGUUGAAUUGUGGAGUUGGAAAGCUUCAUUUUAUUUUCUUUCUUGCUGAUUGGGAGGUUCCUUUUUUCUUCAGGGGAUAAAACCCAGUAAUUUUAUUAUUUUCUUUUUUGUUUGUACUGACUGUAGUUAUAAUUGGGAGGUGGGAAGAACAAAAUGAGUUUACCAAUGGCCGGAAUUACUGAAAGGUCUUCAGUUACUGAGAUGAUAGCUGUACUUCGUAACUCUUUCCACGAGAAAGAGUGUGAUGAGGUGGGGAGGUGGUUGAUUGCUCGGGAGACGAGGUUGCGAAAAGAACGGAAUGAUUGGAGAAUGCAUUUUGAUAUGAUGAGACAGAAGCACGAUUAUGUAGCCAAAGAACUUUAUAACUCGGAGCAUAAGCGACUCGCGAUGGAAAAUGACUUGAAGAAAGCAGAGUCAAGGUUUGAAGUCUUGGCUGAGGAACUGAAGGAAGGGGAAAAUGAGAAAGAAUCCGAGAAGCGUAAAAUGGUUGAAGAGGUAAACAGGAAAGUUGAGGAGAUUGAGAAGUUAAGACUUGCAGGGAAGCAGACUGCUCAAAAGUUGUCCAAAGCUGAGGAGUUGAUCAAACUUCUGAGAAGGGAUCUUGAUGUGAUGGAGGAAAAGCAUGAUUUAUUACUGAAAGAACAUGAUAAAUCAGAACUCAAGAGGUUUGCUAUUGAACAGGACUUGAAGGAAGCAGAGAGGAGGUUUGAAACCAUGGCGAAGGAAGCUGAAAAUGAGAAGAAACGCGAGAGGGAUAAACUGCUGGAGGAGUUAGAGAAUAAAAAUGAGGAGAUUGAGAAGUUAGGACUUGGAGUGAAGCAAAUGAGGCAAAAGUUGACUGAUGCCGAGGAGUUGGUCAAACUUCUUUAUAGCAUUUUGCGUAGAGAAGGGAUAAUGAUUCACACGUUGGAGGAGAGCAUACCGGACAUAGAUGAUAUGGAUGUUAAGGAUUUAAGGGAGGGCAUCCACUAUGAGUAUGUUAAAGAGGAGGUUGAGAAGAUUUGCCAGAUGCGUACUGAUGCAGUUGGUAGCUUUACUAAAGGAGUUUUGCAUGAUGCCGUACUCAAUUCUGCUUUUGAUUCUGCUUUUGAUGGUGAAAGGGGCUCUGAGGGCAAAGAAGAUGUGCAUAAUGGACUUCUUGACAGCCGGCUGGAAAGUGAGAAUGCCGGCUUUGGCAUAAAAAAGCUGCAAGAUGGAUCGGGUAAAAAUAUCACGAAGACAACUGUGAAGGCUUUUUCUAUUGGCUGCGAUGAGGUACUUGUUUCGCCUAAAACAGCCUCUCCUGGCAUGGAUUUUCCCUGUGAAGGCUAUACCUCUCCAAAUGUCAGUUGUACUGAUGAAAUUGGUGGUGCCUCGGAGCUAGAUGUUGAAGAGAAGAACUCCAGUGAGCCAGCUGCAUCACUUGUUCCAGUUACUAGAAAACCUUCAUCUCCAAUUAUCAUUUAUAUCAGUGAUUGUGAGGCUGAAAGAGUUGCAGCUCAGAAACGAAAGAUGAUUGAUUUCAGAGGAGUGCAUGAUGCUGCUAAUGAUGAUGAUGACUCCUCAAGUGGAAGUGACCUAGGUGGUAUGUGUUUUGAGUCUUACAUGGCGCAUAAGUUGGAGAAGUUUAAAAGAUACAAGGAGAUAGGGUGGAAGUCGGCAUCUGAAAUGCUUUCAGCUUUUCAGAAUGAUUUUGAACCUUGCAUGAAUGCCAUUUGUGCUCUCUACCGAUAUAAAAUUUCUUCUAAAAAAUUCAACACCAGCCCACUGCUUCCAGGAGAUUCAGCUGCAAUGAGUUUGAAGGCUUUGGCUGAGUACUUAAUCGAUGGGCACCCUCAGAACAAGCCAAAAAAAACUGUUUCAGAAGUACAACAAGAUGAUCCAAGUGUUCUUUUGCACUGUAAAGAACUUGCCAUUCACUACAUUGAUUUACUCUUUGACAUAUACAAUAAAGGAAAGGAUUGCCUCUUCCGUCCAGACUUAUAAGCUCACUCCAUCAUCGAAGCCAAGAACUAGUUUGCUGUUGUAGACUGUUAGUUGUACAGAGUGUUAGGAUAACAUUAGCAGGACUUCCACAACAAUGGCUUGACGAAGGUUCUAUGGUCAGACUGAAUUAGGGAGUAACAGAACUCAUUCUUUAGUAUUAAGGCAGGGCCAGAUGCCGAAAUCCUAUCAAGACGGUUGUAGGUCAAGGAUUUCCAUAGCAGAAGUUCUUGACGCAUAGGAUUUUCUGAAAUAGAAACCUUUCCAUGUUAGAUAUAAAUAGUAGUUUUUCUACUAAAAUCGAGCCUGGAAGCUAAACCUUUCUUCACAGCAGACACUUGAUUUUUCCUUACUGGUCUCUCAUCCUUAGCUUAAGUACAUUUGAAUUGCAUUGCAGAAGGUGGUGCUGUAUAAUGUUUAUAUAUCCUUUUAUUCAAGUUCUUUUUGUGCCAUCCGUUUCUGAAGUUGCAGUUUAAGACUUCCGGUUUGAUCAUAGGCCUGGAAUUUUCGGUUUUCAUGUAUCAAGUUUCCAGUUUGCUCCAUCAGUUGCUUGUCCA